AUGGAGAAGAAAGUUGAGAUCUUAUCAAGAGAAAUAAUCAAACCGUCUUCUCCAACUCCAAAUCAUUUGAGAAUUCUCAGUCUUUCUCUUCUUGAUAUCCUCAGCUCACCAAUGUACACAGGGGCACUUCUCUUUUACGCAGCCGAUCCUCAGGGUUCUUCAUCAGAGGAGACAUCCAUGAAGCUGAAGAAAUCUCUGUCUGAAACUUUACCAAUCUUCUACCCUCUUGCCGGAAGAAUCAUCGGAAGUUCGGUCGAAUGUAAUGAUGAAGGAGCUGUGUUUAUAGAAGCUCAAGUGGACCAUCUUCUCUCAGAGUUUCUCAAGUGCCCUGCUCCUGAAUCAUUGGAACCACUCAUUCCUGUUGAAGCUAAGACAAGAGAAGACGUUACAUGGCCUGUGCUGCUAAUCCAAGCCAAUUUCUUCAGCUGUGGAGGAUUGGUUAUCACAAUCUGCAUUUCUCAUAAGAUCACUGAUGCAACCUCUUUAGCAAUGUUCAUCAGAGGAUGGGCUGAGUCCGCAAGAGGUUUGCGGAUUACAUCGAUUCCAAGUUUCACCGCUUCGGAUUUCUUUCCUCUACCUCCUGUUCACGAGCUUCCCUCAAAAUCGACGGAUCAUAAAGUCGAGGUUGAAGAGAUUAAUUGUGUAACAAAGAGAUUUGUGUUUGAUGCUUCAAAGAUGAAGACNCUCAGAGCCAAAGCUUCAAGCAACCUUGUCAAGAAUCCAACCCGUGUUGAAGCCUUCACAGCUCUGUUUUGGAGAUGUGCUAGUAAUGCUUCAAGAUCGAGUUCUCCAACACCAAGAACUUCAGUGCUGCACAUACCCGUGAGCUUACGAGGAAAGGUAGAUUCUUUGUCUGAGAACACAGCGGGGAAUAUUCUCUCCAUCAUGAUUCUCAAGAACGAAAAAGCUAAUAUUGGAGGGAUUCAAGAUGUGGUUGAUGAGUUAAGGCGUGCAAAGGAAAUGUUCAGCUUGAACUGCAAGGAAAUGUCGAAAUCCUCGGUGAGAAUUCUUGAGUUUCUGGAGGAGAUUGGGAAAGCAGAUGGAAGGAGAAAUGAGGUGGAUUUGUGGAUGAGUAAUAGCUGGUGUAAGCUCGGCAUGUACGAGGCUGAUUUCGGAUGGGGAAAGCCGGUAUGGGUGACCGGAAGAGGCACUUCCAAUUUCAAGAACUUGAUGUUGUUGAUUGAUGCCAAAGAUGGAGAUGGAAUUGAAGCUUGGGUCACUCUUACGGAAGAACACAUGUCGCUGUUCGAAUGUGAUGAAGAGCUUCUUGAAUCAGCUUCCCUCAAUCCCCCUGUUUUGGUCUAG